GCUGUCAGUCACUUUGUGACGUCAAAGAAUAAAAUUAGAACCGAAUUUACACAAAACUCUGAAAAAGAACGCGUAGCUUUCAGAAAUCUGUUGAAGUUUGUGGGAGUAAAAGUGUUUCCUGAAGUUACUGUGAAAGAUGAAAUGGACAAAUUUCUGAGUGUAUUUAGGGCGUAUUCACCGGAGCGUCCACUGCGCCCUCUGCUGUUAGCGACCGGAGCUGCAGCCGCGGCAGCCGGUAUUUACUAUUUAGUUAAAUGGACCUAUGGAAACAAAACGACAGCGAACCCCGAGGACACAAGCGACCCCGGAGACCCAGUGUGCAACGGAGCCACAGAACCGGCUCUGGUCCGACUCACAGAGGUUGUUCAGGACCAGAUGAAGGAGUGUGAGAGAGAGCAGGAGGCUCACAACCUUCUGAAAGUACAGUACAGUGAGAUGAUGGAGACAAACAGUGAAACUGUACUGAAGGACUCGUUGGCUGAAGCCGAUAAGGAACACCAGAAGGCCGAGGAGAAACACCAGAAGGCCGAGGAGAAACACCAGAAGGCUGUGGAGACCAUCACUCAGCUGGAGCAGGAGAAGAUUAACCUGACAGACCAGUUGAAGACUCUCCGAUACACAAUGCAGUACAUGGGGAACCAGCUCUGUGAUAUUCAAUUGCAGUGUGAUGAGCUAAAGAAAGAGUGUGAGAGAGAGCAGGAGGCUCACAACCUUCUGAAAGUACAGUACAGUGAGAUGAUGGAGACAAACAGUGAAACUGUACUGAAGACCUCAUUGGCUGAAGCUGAGGAGAAACACCAGAAGGCUGUGGAGACCAUCACACAGCUGGAGCAGGAGAAGUCUAACCUGACAGACCAGGUGAAGUCACUGCGGGACACAAUGAAGGACAUGUGGAAACAGCUCUGUGAUACUCAACUGAAGUGUGAUGAGCUAAAGAAAGAGUGUGAGCAAGAGCAGGAGUCUCACGAGCUUAUGAAGUCUAAAUACCAAGAGAUGAUGGAGACUCUGUCACACAAUGAAAAGUUACUGAAGGUGUUAUUGGCUGAAGCUGAGGAGAAACACCAGAAGGCUGUGGAGACCAUCACUCAGCUGGAACAGGAGAAGUCUAACCUGACAGACCAGGUGAAGUCAGUGAAAGACACAGUGUGGGACAUGUGGAAACACCUCUGUGAUACUCAACUGCAGUGUGAUGAGCUAAAGAAAGAGUGUGUGCAAGAGCAGGAGGCUCACAGGCUUCUGGAGGUUAAAUACCAAGAGAUGAUGGAGACUCUGACAGACAGUGAGUUACUGAAGACCUCAUUGGCUGAAGCUGAGGAGAAACACCAGAAGGCUGUGGAGACCAUCACUCAUCUGGAGCAGGAGAAGUCUAACCUGACAGACCAGGUGAAGUCACUGCGGGACACAAUGAAGGACAUGUGGAACCAGCUCUGUGAUACUCAACUGAAGUGUGAUAAGAUAAAGAAUGAGUGUGAGAGAGAGCAGGAGGCUCACAACCUUCUGAAAGUACAGUACAGUGAGAUGAUGGAGACAAACAGUGAAACUGUACUGAAGGCAUCAAUGGCUGAAGCUGAGGAGAAACACCAGAAGGCUGUGGAGACCAUCACUCAGCUGGAGCAGGAGAAGUCUAACCUGACAGACCAGGUGAAGUCACUGACAGACAUCGUGUGGGACAUGUGGAAACACUUCAGUGAUACUCAAUUACAGUGUGAUAAGAUAAAGAAUGAGUGUGAGAGAGAGCAGGAAGCUCACAACCUUCUACGGUUAUACUACCAUGAGAUGAUGGAGACUCUGACAAACAGUGAAACUGUACUGAAGACCUCAUUGGCUGAAGCUGAGGAGAAACACCAGAAGGCUGUGGAGACCAUCACUCAGCUGGAGCAGGAGAAGUCUAACCUGACAGCAGAGGUGAAGUCACCACGAGACACAAUGAAGGACAUGUGGAACCAUCUCUUUGAUAUUCAACUGCAGUGUGAUAAGAUAAAGAAUGAGUGUGAGCAAGAGCAGGAGUCUCACGAGCCUAUGAGGUCUGAAUACCAAGAGAUGAUGGAGACUCUGACAGACAGUGAGUUACUGAAGGAGCAUGACCAACAGCUAAAGGGUCACCCCAGUCUGAAGAUGGAGAAGGACGAGCUGAAGCAGAGUCUGACCCUCAGCCAGCAUCUACUGAAGGAGUCCCUGAAUCAAGCUGAGGAGAGACACCAAAAUGCUGUGCAGUCCACUGAUGAGCUUGAAGCUGAGAUGUCUGGCCUGAAGACCCACGUGGACCCAGUGCGACUGACACGGCGAGACAAAAUCAAGAGAAAGUUCUUAAAAAUUAUAAAAUGUAAAUCUGACAAAUGUCUUGGAACCAAGGACACAGAAAGCAGUGUGAGCCAAAGUGGAUCUUCGUCAGAAUCAGUGUGUGGACAGGGCGUGGGAGCAGUUAAAAAAUAAACCGUCUGGAUGAAAAGAAAAGA